AUGUCUAUGAUUACGACGACAACAUGGGUGCCGCGUGGCUUUGCGGCGCCCUUCCCCUCAAGAUACCAUUUCGACGAGGACGAAUACGAGCGCAUCUCCAAGCUGGCCAACCUGCAACUCGAGGACGCCAAGGAGGAGCUCGAGGAGGCCCAGGCUGAGGAGAAGGUCAAGAACGGCACCUCGUCCAAGGCGUCCAAGAAGGAUGAUGGGGACGAUGAUGACGACCUCAAGGAAUACGACCUCGAGCACUACGACGACGAUGUUGCCGAAGACCAGGGCGACACCAUGGCCAUGUUCGGAAACGCAAAGAACCUAGUCUUCCACGAGAACGACGAGGACGAUCCGUACAUCACCAUGCAGGGCGGAGAGGAAGAGGACGAAGAAGAUCGCGAAGAGCUUCAAAUCUUGGCUACAGACAACCUAGUUUUGGCUGGUCGCAUAGAGGACGAAGUCGCCCAUCUCGAAGUCUAUGUAUACGAGGACGAGGAUGACAAUCUCUACGUGCACCACGACAUCAUGCUGCCUGCCAUCCCGCUUGCCGUCGAAUGGUUAGAUCUGCCUGUGGGCAAGUCUAUAGGCACGAGUGAAGGCAGGGGCAACUACGUGGCGAUUGGAACCAUGGACCCCGAUAUCGAGAUCUGGAACCUGGACGUGGUAGACAGCAUGUAUCCAGACGCAGUACUGGGACAAGGCGCCGAGGACAAGGCGGACAAGCCUAAAAAGAAGAAGAAGAAGUCGAAGAAGGCCAACGACGAGUUCCACGUCGACUCGGUCCUCUCACUUGCAGCAAACCGACAACAUCGGAAUUUCCUCGCUUCUUCAUCCGCAGACAAGACCAUCAAGCUGUGGGACCUGAACACGACAAAGUGUGCCAAGUCAUACACGUACCACACGGAUAAGGUCUGCUCCGUAGCCUGGCAUCCCGUCGAGGCCACUGCACUGCUUAGUGGUAGCUACGACAGAACUGUUGUGGCAGCCGACGUGCGUGCACCCGACGCAAAGGCGCCACGAUGGGGUGUUGAGAGUGAUGUCGAGACUGUGCGGUGGAAUCCUCACGACCCCAACUACUUCUACGUCUCUACUGAGAAUGGUAUGAUACACUACCACGACGUUCGCAAUGCGCCAAAAGACCCCUCUGCCUCAAAGCCGGUAUGGGUAUUGCAAGCACAUGACGAAUCCAUCUCUUCAUUCGACAUCAACCCAGUGAUACCCGGCUACCUGGUCACAGGCUCAACAGACAAGCAAGUAAAACUGUGGAACAUCCAGGACAACGGACCAAGCAUGGUUGUUUCACGGGAUCUUGGUGUUGGGCGCGUCUUCUCAACAUCCUUUGCACCCGACAAAGAAGUCGGUUUCCGGCUGGCAGUCGCAGGAAGCAAAGGUGCAGUACAGAUCUGGGACACGAGCACCAACGCAGCCGUACGUGCAGCCUUUGCCAGCAAGGUGCCUGCGAUUAGAGGAGAUGGCAAGGAGAGGCUCGUGGGUCUUGAGGAGCAGGACACAGACUCUGAUAGUGAGGAAGGCGAGAGCGACGACGAGGGCGAGGAGGAGGGUGCCGAGAAGGGCUGGGAGUCGAUGGAGGAGUAG